UCAACAACGGCAGUGGGGCUGCUGCGAUUGUCGUGUUGUUUCGCGGAACACCAUUGAAUGGUGUGGAGUGAGCGUUUUUGCAUAUUUUCGUCGCAUGCUACCACCGCAUAGCUAUGUCCAGUGUAAGUUCGGACUAUGAGUCUUCCUACUACACAGAAUCGGAGGCAGAGAGCGACUACGUUACGCAUGAGGAUGGGCAACAGACGCACCACAAUCAUACCCUCGAGGUAGAGGACAUUAUUCGCGAGCAUGUCAACGUUACCACCAAGAAUGCAAUCGGUCUGAACCAUCAUUACAAAACGAAGCUGUUGAUGCUACGGAUGCAGCUGGAGGGACUACUAGCGCGGUGCCAGAAUCGGUUAAUUGAGGUGGAGAAAGGUCUCGAUGAUUUACGGCAAAAUUUAGCACCCAAACCGCGGCCGGCCCGUCCCCGCUAUCCCGGGUACAUUUGUGGACAACCAUUUUUCAAGGACCACGAGCUUUACCCCGGCCCCCACAACGAGGAUUAUCUGUACCGGAAGAACGUGAAGAAGGAAUUUUUCCCGCUCGAUUUGUUCGAAUCGACAGAAAGCUUGUGGACGCACAAGGACAAGCACAAGCUGACGAGCAGCAUCCAGACUCAGGCGCAAGAAUUUCUCCAGCGGGAGAACGAGCUACGGGAAAAAAUUUGCAACAAUUCAGAGAGUGCGGCGCGGAUAAGGAAGGAACGGAUGGAACUAAGUACGCUGCCAAUAGAGGAGAUUUGGCACAAGGCCCAAUCGUACGACGGACAGUACGGGCGCCAAAAGUUCACCGUCGACUGGUUACAAAUAUCGACCAGUGUCAUGUGCGGUCGGCACUCGGCCGCCGCCUGCGAAGGCAUGUGGAACAACUAUCUCAAGCCUGGCUUUAAACGAGCAAUGUGGACACAGGAGGAAGAAACGAAGCUAGUGGAGGCGGCGGAAUCGCACAAAUUUCACAACUGGGACCAGAUCGCGGAUCGUGUGGGCCAGCGUUCCGAGUACCAGUGUUUUGUGCACUAUCAAACAAACUUUUCCGAGCUUGUGCAGUCGAAAAAGAUGCCCUGGACUCGCGAAGAGGAUGAACUGUUGCUACGGCUAGUCGAUGAAAACCGAAUCGGGAACAAUGUCAUAUGGAACAAGAUCGUGGAACGCAUGCCAUACCGGAACAAGGUGCAGGUGUACCAUCGGUACAAGUACACCCUGCUACGGCCGCUGCGAGGUGCCAAGUUUACUGAGGAAGAAGACUGCGUAAUUACAGCGUACGUGCAGCAAUACGGCGAUGAUUUUAAAUUUUUCCCCGACGACAUGCUGCCGGGAAGAACCACCAAGCAAGUUUGGGCACGGUACAAGAACACGCUGCGCUUCGUCAACAGGCAUGUUGGCUGGAGUCUCGGGGAGGACAAACGCCUGAUGAGCUAUAUCGCGGAACACCUCACCGAGGAAGGGCCGCAGAAGAUUUCCUGGGCCCAUUGCUCGAAGUACCUUGGCAACCACUCCCGGCUAAGUUGCCGCACGCGCUACUACACCAUUGAGCGGUUUCUCGAGAAGAAUCCCGAGGCAACGCUGGACGAUGUGCCCAGGAGGGAGAAGAAAAAACUGUCGACCAAAGUGACGGAUAAGAAUUGGAUUGAAACCAUCUUUGAUAUUAAGAGCGCACCGAAGAGUGGUGCUCGGAAAACGGGAAGCGGACCGAUCAAUCUCUUCCAGACCGGUAAACCAACGACCGCCGAAUGGAGUUUGUAUGAACAGAUGAAGUUUUGCUUCCGGUACAAAUUUGGCAACAGGCUGGCCGUUGACACAACGCAGAGCCACAUUUUAACGGGCACCAAAAUGCUGCUACACCUUUUAGAAGCGUUUCAUGAGGACAGUAUGAAUAAAGCGAUGCUGCCUUGUUCCGCGCAAAGGCAGUUGAAUGCAAAUGAUAAGGCCGCAUUGAAUGCUGUGCUGCGGUCACCAUUGGAUUGGCCGACUGUUGUGUCAAUUAUGCGCCCGAAGAUAACCGUGUCGGGCGAUGCGAUGUUAUUUUGCCGUAUUCCCCCGAACUACAACACCGUGCUGGGAUUGCGGGGCGUCUGUUUGAACGCGUGCAGUACUAGUGAGCAGACAGAAACGAAGCAAAUGUUACCAGAGCUGAAGGUGAAAAAGGUCGGCAAACUAGACGAAGCUAUGUACGACCAGGCAAUGACAGCAUUUGUGGAACGCUUUCGGAAAAUAUUUCACUGGACUAUGCUGCUGAUGAUGCUGAACAUCGAUGAUGUGACGCUAGAAAAUGAUGAACCACUGGGGAACUUCCCUGCCAACACCUCCAUUUCCAAUCCGAUGCUCGGUCAGAUGGUAAACAGUGCACUUGCGGCCUCAAGUAUAGCUAAAAAAACCGCCAAACCCGAAAUACAGCUUAAACCGUUACAAAACCUCAUCUGCCCAGUAAAGACGGAUAAGCUAAUGCACGUUCCGUGUGGCGUCGAAACCUACCCGGAACAAGCGGCCACUUCUUCCUCUUUCGUAGCACCAAUCGCGAGGGAAAGCAUGGAGAGCAAUUUAAAGCUGGUGACAAAUAUUACAAUAAUCGACCCGAAAGAUCUACCGGCUGUUACGGAGCAUGAAAACAGAGGCGAAGUGAUCUCAGACCAUCGGCAAUCUUUAGUCGAUCAUUAUCAACAGCGCGCAGAUAAUCGAUUCCCACUGCUGGAAGAGCAAGCACAAGCACCAGCGGAAAACAAGACGACCAAGAAACGAAAGCCUCGUGAGAAAAAAGCUAGCAAUGCUAGAAUAUCCACCAAAAAAGAAAAACCACGCAACAACAAAAAUCGGAACACGGAACAAAACGUCAAUCUGCUCGCUAUUCCGGAAAGCGAACUGAGGAGUGACGUGACCCCAGACCAGCAAACGUUACUCGAUCAAUAUCAGCUCUUCGGACCAUCUCAAACGGAAAUACAGACACCAACGACUAGCAAAACAACCAGCAAACGAAAACCUCGCAAGACAAAGGCGGCAAGUAGGCCAAGAAAAUCCACCAAAAAUCUAGCGCCAUGUGUUGAUGGUCAGCACGAAAAUGGCGUCGCACAACUAGCGACAGUCUUGGGGCCCUCAUCCACAAACAGCAAGCACAGUGUAGCCCAGAAUGUAACGACAUUUACUAUUAUGGAAGUACCCCAAACUAUGUAUUUAAUGCAUCAGCAGCAGCAGCAGCAGCAACUAAGCCUGGACUAUGUAGCCGCUCACGUACCCUGUGUACAGGAAACUCCCGCCCAAUGCAUUGGGGAUUUAGGUGGACACCAUAGCAACAGUAUUUACGGCGAGCAAACGAUACAGAAUAUGGCCAAAGCAUGCGAUGAACUUCAACCGGCUACUGCAGUGCAGUGUUCAACAGAAUAUUGUCCACCGCCAACUACUAUGAUGGCCAAUUUAAGCGACAGUGUUUCUCAAUCCGGAAGCAACACAAAUGUCCUGGAAAUGCUUGCAAACCCUGUAGAGGUUACAAGUGUGGGUAAUUCCUGUCCCGAAGUCACAGAAGUUCCAUGUCGUCCUGUACCAGCAGCCUGUGACGAUAUGGUAAUCGUAGACAAAAACCACUAUCUACCAGACAUUGGCGCAAUCAUUUCAAACACACGUGAUGGUAAUCAAGAGCUGGAGCGUUUAAUCGUAACGGAGCGUGAAAUACAGGUGCCAUCGGGCCAGAUUGCAUUUGAGGGAAACUUUAUUUCAUACUGCUUCACCGAUGAGCAUAACCCGGAAGCUCAAGAGAUGUUAGUUGCCUACAAAGACAAACAGACACCACUGGAAAACACAGCAGCAGUUCCUUGCGAAUCGGUCAGUUGGCAUCAAACACUAAACAGCUCAGAGGAUGAUGCCAAAACGGUAGUGAAAGACAGUGAAGAACCAAAUGCCGCUCAUCGGGGGGAAGAGGGAACUAUCGUCGCUCCUACGGAAACAGUGCCGAAAGAUGAAACGACGGAAACGGUGGAUACAAAGCCAAGCUUCAAUUUGGAGCUAUUGAACGAUAUCGACGGCGGACAGGUCACAGCCGUUGAUAUCAUUAGAAUGCUACGCACACGACAUGAAGAUGAUGAUGAUGAUGAAGACAGUGAUGAAGAUACCGAACUCGAAGAUGAUGUACCGGUUGGCUGAUCAUCGUAUAGAUAGUAAAGCUACCUGUUUUCAUCGAGAUAGGUA